AUGCCGUCGCCAAUAUGGAUCUCAAAUAGUUCUGGAUACUUCACUCCCACGAUUGUACUCAAGAGCAUAGAACUCACUACUGUUUCCAUAUGCAAGUCAAUAACCAAUCUGCAAUUUUACACAUCGCAUAACGUCCACUUGUUUUUGAAAUACUUGAUCUUGUCUGUACUAUUAUACGUAUUCAUCAACUGUCCCGUGAAUAUAGCCAAGCUCGUAGUCUGGCGAAUAUAUAAUGCUCGCGAUGCUACAAGAAUAACAGGAGAAUUAAACUUGUUUUUUACCCAUUAUUUCAACCUCAACUGUUUUUGCAUGACAUUAUACAGCUUUUUUGAUACCGAUUUGGAAAAGUUGUUCUUGUUGAAUUUAAAGCACACUGACAAAUUAAAUGGAACCAAGUAUUGCGAGCACUAUUCGGCACUACCAAAUCAUUUCACGGCCGUUGGCGGUGAUAACGUAUAUUCCUUAAACCAUCUUUUCAAAUUCUCAAGAGAGUUCAAGUCAUUUGUCAAGAGGUAUUCAAAUUACUAUAUGCUCAACUUGGUCGUGUUCAGUUGCAUUUAUAUCUUACCACACAGUAUCUCAACAACGGUGCUUGCAUUUAUCACAUUCUCCUCUGUAUUGGACAAAAUAGGUACAGUGUUUUCAAUAAUCGUUACUGCAAUGCUUCAAAUGAGCGAUGCUUAUUAUACUGCGCUUUUCUUGACGACUUUUUACGGCUCGUGUCUCUUGGCUGAGGACUUGUUGAUCCCAUACUUUAACAAGGUGCAAUUCACCAAUGUUGAAAAACUGCAAUGGAUUAAUACUAGAAAGGGUGUACUUUUCGGCAUUGGCUUAUGCUACUUCCUCGCAGUCCAGAAGUUUCCCAUGAUUGCAAUGAUCAUAUACUCGAAUGCACUUUUCAAUAUGGGCGCCAUCAUUACCAAAAUCAGUAGUGAGAUUCCUAAAAACUCAACAAAGGAGAUGGGAAGAUGGGCUAUCACUGAGAGUGUUUGGGACGGACAUGAAGCUUUCGUCAAGGAAAGUUAUGGCCUCUUUUAA